AUGGAAGCCGGGUCGGGGGUUAGGAUACGAACUCUGCCCGAUCAGACUGUGACUCCUUUAAUUGUUUUCCCCGAUAAAGACGAGUUUGCCUGGCGCCAUGAACAAGCAACACGGAUUGAGAUGCACAAUGAAGACGAAGCGAUUAAAGCGCUCAAUGCUCUGAAGCAUCCAUUCGAAGCGUGGCCAGUAAGCCCAAUACCGGGCUUAAAGAACUCAUUCAGCACUUCAUGGUUAUUUCUGGUCAGAUUGCCAGAAGGGAACGGAAACGUCAUCUUUCCGUCUGUGACGGAUCGCUUCGCCGUCGACAUGAUGUCCACAAUCCAGCGGGAUGCAGGAAUAUUCUCUUUGGUCCACCUUCCAGCCGCACGCAUCACAAAUCCGUUCGAAAAUAUUGAGGGACUUCUUGACCCAUAUGUCAAGGAAUGCGCUGCUUUCAAGGUUGAAGUGCCUCGUUCGUGGAAGAAUAAGGACGGACAAAACAUGGAACUUGACCUCAUGGCCCACUUUCAAACAGUUUCGUCCAUGGAGGAAAUCAGGUCGAUCGCAAUACGGGAGAGAGGGUGUCAGGUGAUCAAUAUUCGUUGGGAUACCUGCCAGCUGACGUUUGAAGCCGAGCUUGCCGCCCUGUAUCAUCUCGUUGCAGAGCAUCGCCUGGAUGAGCAGAGGCCGGCUGAUGCCUCCCUUCGAGCCUUUGAAAUGAUCUUGGACUUUAACUCCUGCCGCUGGCCCCAUUGGAUUGACCUAUUUAGAGAGUUUCCUCAUCUCAAGAACCCUUCAUAUGUAAUCCAUGGCACACCCAAGGUCCUCGUUGCCAAGUUCAAAUCCCUCGAUGGGCACCAUCGAGCAGCGCUGGAAGGUCUCAAGGAAGUGAAGAAUGGCCUCUAUUUCGUCAACGGCUGUCCCGGAGCGGGAAAGACAGAGUGGAACAUGAUCCUCUCCGCUCUCAUUCAGUCCAAGAAAGCGCCAAGAUGCAAAAGGCCGGCCCCAAUUCUAUUUCUUGUCGACAUCAACAAAACCGUCGACGAUGCCGCCAAUCGAUAUCAGAGGCUGUGCAGAGAGUCAGGGCUUUCAUUGAAGAUUAUCCGGAUGCAUAGCUGGCCGUAUGAAAUGCGACACAGCGAAAAACUCAACGAGAGCCACUCCAAACAGGAUGAGGAGAACGACGAACUCGAUUUCACGAAAAAGUUCAUGACGACCGCUUGCCUUGCUACGUAUUGUCCAUCGAGCAGAGAUCAGGACACUGCCCCUACACUCGAUGAAGCAGCCUGGGAACAUUACGAAAAGCAAAAGGCCGGGCGCUUCGAGCACCUCGAGAGGCUGCUCAGGAGAGUCGACGAAGGCGAUGCCUUCAGCACAGCAGACUGGAGAGUCCUUUGCGGCCAGGUUUCGAGCCUCUACCGGGACGUCUUGUCACAAGCUGACUUCAUUGCGACGACACCGGCAGCAUCGUACGGAGGGCUCAAUAAAUUCUUCCAUCCAAAGCUCAUCUUCAUGGAUGAGGCGCCGCAUGCGCGGGAGCUCACAACACUCAUCGCGAUCGCCUACUACAACCCUCUCUUGUGGAUUUUUACCGGGGAUGUGAAGCAAACACGGCCUUUCGUCAAGAGCAUGCCAAGACAACGUGCGCAAUGCGUAGGAAGCAAAUUCAAUCCUUAUUCCGAACAACUGCGACUCAGCACCAUGGCUCGGGCUAGCGCAGCAGGUGCUCUGAACUGCAGGCUACUUGUGAAUAAGAGGGCCUUUGGAAACCUUGAACGUCUCCCGUCCAGGAUGUUUUACGGCGAACAGAUGAUAUCGGGGUACGACGAGGCAUCGCGCUUCCCGGCGAGCACACGUCAUCUCCAGGGGUACUUGCAAUCACUGGACAGGAUGGGGGGCGUGGGUGAACUGGAUGACAACCGCGUCGUCGUGCGGCUCCAUGCCAGCAAGGAAAGGGGUCUUCACAGCAGCUUCUGGAACCCUGCGCACCACAAGUGGUUGCUAGAACAGGCGCAGAGGCUGCUUCGAGACGAAAAUUUUAGAAGCACGACAGGAUCGGCUGGAACGAUGAUGAUAGAAGCACCCUAUAGCGCCGCCGUACGCCAGUACAAAUCGGAGGUUGAGACGUGGCCAGCUGAGUGGCAGGACCGGGUUGAAGUUUUGACAGUGGACAGGGCCCAAGGCAACCAAGCCGAUGUUGUCUUCCUCGACAUGGUGCGCACGACGAAGCCUGGCUUCAUGGAAGACCCGCAGCGACUAAACGUAGCCAUCACGCGAGCGAGGCAGGCAGAAAUCAUCGUCCUGCACCAAAGAAUGACGAUGAAGUACGUGCGAGGUCCGAUUCGGGUCAAGACAAUGUAUCUCUCCCAAAUUUUGGACGAUGCAGUUAAGAAUCGGAGGUUCAUUUCGAUAUGA